UACCCAUUUCCACGUUAGUUACCUCCAGCGAAGAUCCAUCGCUUCCUCCUCACUCAACAGCAGCACCACCACCAACCGAUCACCCAUGGCGGUGCUCUCGAUCGUGCCGCCGGCCACCCCACCCUCCCUCCUCGACUCAGACCCAACCCAAGACCUCUCCUCCCCAAACUCCGACCCAACCUCCCUCGACUUCGGCAACCCCGAAACCCUAACCCAAAUCCGAUCCCUCACCGACGUCGGCACGAUGACCCGCCUCCUCCACGAAUGCAUCGCCUACCAGCGCUCUCUCGACGUCCGCCUCGACUCCCUCCUCUCCUCCCGCCCCGAUCUCGACCGCGGCCUCCUCGCCCUCCGCCGCUCCUCCUCCCCUCUCCUCUCCCUCGCCCGGUCCGAUUCGUCCCUCCUCCUCUCCUCCCUCUCCUCCACCGCCUCCCUCGCCGAUCAAGUCUCCUCUCGCGUUCGCCAGCUCGACCUCGCCCAGUCUCGAGUGCAUCUCGCCCUCUCCCGCAUCGACGCCGCACUUCACCGUUCGCAGUCCCUCGACGCCGCCCGACGAUCGCUCGACGUCGAAGACUACGACUCUGCCGCCGCGUCGGUCCACUCCUUCCUCCAGAUCGACGCUCAGUUCCCUUCCUCCUCCGCCUCCGAACAACGGCAGCAACUUCUGGCCCUCAAAUCGAAGCUGGAGUCGAUCAUUAAAGCGAAACUCGCUGCUGCCGUCGAUGCCAAGGAUCACAACGCCAUCCUCCGUUUUGUUCGGAUCCUCCCGGCGCUUGGUCUGCAGGACGAUGGACUCAAGAUCUACGUUAAUUAUCUCAGGAGCGUUGUAGGUUUUAGAUCUAAGCUUGAAUUCGAGCAUUUGAAGGAGAUCUCUACAGAUCCGGCGCAGGACGCUGCUGGAUCUAAUUUUGUUGCUUGCCUCACGAAUUUGUUUAAGGAUAUUGUGCUUGCGGUUGAGGAGAAUGAUGAGGUUUUGAGGAAUUUGGGAGGGGAGGAUGGAGUUGUGUUUGCGAUCUCUAGCUUGCAGGAGGAGUGUGAUUCGAGGGGGACGCAGAUCUUGAAGAGGUAUAUGGAUUACAGGAAGAUUACGAGGUUGGCAACCGAGAUUAAUUCUAGCAGCAAGAAUUUGUUGUCCGUUGGGGUUCCUGAAGGACCGGAUCCGAGAGAGGUGGAGACUUACUUGGAGGAGAUCUUGUCGUUGAUGCAUUUGGGGGAGGAUUAUACUGAGUUCAUGAUGUCGAAGAUCAGGGGAUUAGGGUUCGUUGAUCCUGAAUUUGGUUCAAAGGCUGUGAAGAGAUUAAGUAGUGGGAGUUUUAAUGGAGUGGUGCAGGAGCUAAUUGGGUAUUAUUUGGUCCUUGAGGAGUUCUUUAUGGUGGAGAAUGUGAGGAAGGCAAUAUCAAUCGAUGAGCAGCAACUAGAUGGUCUGACAACAUCAAUGGUGGAUGAUGUGUUUUUUGUGCUGCAGAGCUGCUGCAGGAGAGCAAUUUCGACUGGGAGUAUGAAUUCAGUGUUUGCAGUGUUGAGUGGGGCGACCAGUCUUUUGAGCAAUGAGUACCAAGAGGCUUUGCAGCAGAAGAUGAGGGAACCAAAUUUGGGGGCGAAGCUGUUUUUGGGGGGUGUUGGCGUGCAGAAGACCGGGACGGAGAUUGCUACUGCUUUGAACAACAUUGAUGUGAGCGCAGAAUAUGUGUUGAAGCUCCGGCAUGAAAUUGAGGAGCAAUGUGGGCAGGUAUUCCCUGCUCCAGUAGAUAGAGAGAAAGUCAAAACCUGCUUAUCUGAGUUUGCUGAGAUGCACAAUGUCUUCAAACAAGUACUAAAUGCAGGGAUGGAGCAGCUGGGAUCAACUAUCACACCUCGUAUCCGCCCAGUUCUGGACACUGUAGCAACCAUCAGCUACGAGCUCUCAGAUGCUGAAUAUGAAGAAAAUGAAAUGAAUGAUCCAUGGGUCCAGAAGCUUCUUCAUGCUGUUGAGAGCAAUAUAUUUUGGCUGCAGCCUUUCAUGACAUCAAACAACUAUGAUCUUUUCGUUCAUUUGGUUAUUGAUUUCAUUGUGAAGAGAUUGGAAGUAAUCAUGAUGCAAAAAAGAUUCAGCCAGCUUGGUGGGCUUCAGCUUGAUAGGGAAGUUAGAGCACUGGUUAAUCAUUUCUCUGAGAUGUCGCAGAGGCCAGUACGAGAUAAGUUUGCUCGUCUGUCACAGAUGACGACGAUUUUGAAUUUCGAGAGAGUAUCUGAGAUUUUGGAUUUCUGGGGGGAGAAUGCUGGGCAUAUGACGUGGUUACUAACUCCUUCUGAGGUGAGAAGGGUUUUAGGUCUGAGAUUGGACUUCAAACCUGAAACAAUUGCGGCACUGAGGUUGUAACUUGUUUUGUAUUCUUCUUCUUCUUGUAAUUUUUUUGGUUGCUGUGUUUUAUCUUGUUUUCCUCUAGAUAUGUCCCGUGGCAUCUGUUAUUUGUAAAGACAGAAAAGAUACACAUUUUGUUAAAAUUGAUUAAUUUUGUUGUAAGAGUAAAUUAAGAAUAAUUUUCUGAAAUGGAAAACUUUUGGGGGAUUGAUAUGUAAA